GUCGAUGCAGUCUUCUCGAGGCUCUCCCUCCCUGAGGCUGACAAUUCAGCAGCAGCAACAUGUCUCGCGUCUCCUCCACCGCCAAGCGUUACGCUGGCUCCUCCUACACCAGCCACUACAGCUCCUACAGCCCCUCCUUGACCCCAGGCCUUAGCUCCUACACCGAUCGGGACAGGCUGUCCACCUACAAGUCCCCCACGUCCUCCAUCUCUUCCUCAGGUUAUUCCUCCUCCAGCUAUCUGAGCAGCUCUACUGUCCGUAGUCACAACUACAGCACCUCUUCAGACCCUGAUCGUGACCGGGGCCGAACCGUCCCACGCACCGACCUCCUCGGGAGCAGCAACAGCCGCCGUAGUGACAGCCUUAGCAGAACCCCUGUCAAGAGCUACAGAGGGUCAGGGCUCAGUGGGGGGUCUGCCUAUUCUGGCUAUAGCUCCUUCUCUUCAUCCCCAGCCCAGUCCAGCUACCUCUACUCUUCACCGGCGGCCUCCAGCAUCUCGCUCAGUCGCCGAAAAUCUGUUUCGCAGAGUGACUUGAGCAGGGAUCUGUCCUCUCUGAGCCUCAACGAUGCUUCCUCCUCUUCCACCAGUGCCCUGCGGAGCUACCGCAGUCGAUCUAGGGAUGUGGCUGACUCAAAUGACUCCAGCUCCCACCCAGGCUACUCGGGCCUGUUACGAAGUUCUACUCAGGCGGCCCUUUCACGGAGCUCCACCCAGGAGGCCUUCAGCAGCAGCAGCAAAGCAUACAGCUCCUCUACAUGGGAGCAAAGCAGUAAUGGGCUGUCCAGCUUCUCAACCAGGGACUCCACG